GAAUUACGAAUUCGAUCCGGUGACAAAUUAUACAAUAAUCGAAAACAAGAAAUAAAUCAGACUUAAUUGAAGACAGAAAAAUGUAAAACAUAAGCUGAAAAUUAUCCAAAGGGGCAAUGAAUAAGGAUAAUUCGGAUUAAUGUCAAAUAUAAUGAAUAAUGCGUAUCAAUUAAAAUAUAUAUAUAUAUAUAUAAUCAAACAUAAAUGAUGGGGAAUUUCAUAGAUAAAAUUAGGGACAAAAAAAAAGAAAACACAAAAAAACUUAUCGAGUCGGUGUAUGAUCGUAGGAUCGGUAGUGUCGAGGUAGACCGGCUUCGGAGGUGGUGAGGGCUGCGCCGAUGGAGCUUCGUCAUAAAUAUCGUUCAAAUUUCUCUUCUCAUCAUUCGCGCCAAUAAUCCCUCAAUUGCUUAUCGGUACUAAGAAUUUCAGUGAUUCAAAUAAUGAAAUAAGUCUUUAAUUUCCAUGCCUCUUUAUUUCCGUCGGAAUUAAAACCGCCUCGCACGCCGUCCUCAGAAAUACGCAGCCACAAUUAUUAAAUAAAUCGCCACUCUAUCGUGAAAAAUAAAAUAAACAAAGGGAAUAUGAAUAAAAAAAGGGAAACUACAUUAUCAUUUUUGCCACAAAACAUAAUAAAAAAUUAAAUAAAAUUUUAAACAAAAUACCUAUGGGCUGUCGGCGACUCUCACAGAAAUGGCGAAAUACGUUUACUACAUCGAAAGAUUUUACAGUUUGAGGACGAUUUUCGUGCGCGGGACAGUUUAAUUAUCUAUUCAGAAUGAGCCCACUCCUCGGCACAACCCCACCCUAUCCACACCAUCGAUACCCUCAUCGAUCACUAACGAUUAUUUCCGAAAAUUUUCACCAAUCUUUAAAUUUUAUUAACUGAUUUAAAAUUAUAUAUAUACCGUAAUCCCUUCAAGCUUGCUGCUCAAUCAAAUACAGAAAAUAAUGUAUUAGGAAUUUUUGAACCAAUACCAAAUACAAAAGAUGCAGAAUUUGGUAGUAUGGAAAAUUUAGGGUCAACAGAUCCAUCGAAAUUAAUUAAAACUUCUGCGUAUGUGAAGAGCGCAUUUAAAGUAAUAAAAGACAAAAAAGGAAGUAAACUAUUCGCUUGUGGAUCCCUUAUUGAUGAAGUGUAUCAACUAGAGAUUCAUAUAAUUCACUUCAAAGAAGAAGACCUGAAUAAAUUAAAAAAAGACAUAAAAUUGGAAAUGUUCGGAUUUAUUAAUUUCAGCAGUCCUACUCAUUUCAUUGUUAAAAGGUUUGAAGACAUCAUUAGAAUAGAAGGUGAAAUAAAGCAAAAUGAUUUUUUCAAAAAAGGAUUCCAACGGAUAAAAAGAAAAAUAUUUAAUGAUGGAAGAGCAGAACAUACUGUUAAGAAGAUGAAAUUUUCUUAAAUUCUAUUUCUUAUUUAUUCGCACACUAUCUAGGAAUGAUUACUGUGACAAAUCUAUGGAAAAUUAUUUAUUUCUUUUAUUUAUUUAUUUCAUUUAAAACAGUAUUUAAAAAUACUGAAAAUAUAAAUGAUCAGAAAGUUUUUUUAUCUAUGACAUUAAGAUUCUUAUUUAUUUUUUUUUGUACUUCAAAGGACAAUUUUUUUUCUUUAAAAAUUAUUAUGAUAAUUUAAGUUUAUUGUUAAAAGUAUGAAACAUUAGAAUAAAAUUGUACUUUUUUUGAAAGUCAUAAGUAAAAAUAGAUGCACCGUUCUAAUAAGUUUGUAAAUAACUUGAAAUUUAUUAUGAUUUCAAUCUAUUGCUUAAAGCGUAAAACAUUUAAUGAACAUUGCACAUUUUUCACAUUCAUAUUUGAAAAUGGUCAUACCAUUAUUAUUAAGUUAUUAAAUAUUAUUAUUUAUUUAGUUUAUUAACA